AUGUCCAACAAAGCGAGGAGGAUGCUGGUUCUGCUGCUGAUCAUCCUGAAGGAAGCUGGCCCAACCGCAGCCUGCAGCAGCAGCUGUUCAUGGUCACCGCACUGUUACCGAAUCGACAGUUGUACACAGUGUGACUGCAGCAGCAGAGGCCUCACCAGUGUUCCUCAGGACCUGCCUACAGACAUCACUAGGCUUGACUUGGAAGCAAAUGCCAUCACAACCUUAAAUCAGUCUGAUUUCUCAAGGUACAGGAGCUUGACAAGAAUACACCUUCAAACAAAUAUGAUCUCCAUGAUCCAUAACAAAACAUUCCACGGCUUAACCAGCCUAACUCUACUGUACCUUUUUGACAACCAUUUAACCACUCUGCCAGCUGGAAUAUUUGAGGGACUUGGUAAUUUGCAGUCCUUGUAUUUUAACAAUAACCAGUUAACCACUCUGCCAGCUGGCACAUUUGGGAACCUACUUCAGCUUCGAACACUGAGACUUUAUCAUAAUAACAUCAACACUUUCCCUGUAGAGGCCUUAUCAAACUUGAAUUCUUCAGUGCUGUCAGAGCUUACAUUAGGUAAUAACCAAUUAGAGACACUACCAGUCAUGGCAUAUGACAUACUGGCUUCCAUCUCAACUGUUAACAUUGACAACAACCCCUGGCAGUGUGACUGUAGGAUGGUUCCCUUUAAGCAGAGGAUGAACGGGUCUUACUCAUUUGAAGACCAGAUCAGAUGUGCCGGUCCUGCUAACCUUCAAAGGCCAGAAAAUCAGACUGGCCCCCAGGCCCAGGCUGCUGCCCAGGUUGAAUCAGCAGAUGCAGCUGCUUGUACAACCAGUGUUGCUGGCCCAUCACAAAGAUCUGACUUAGGGCAAAUUCAGCACCUCGGCAGCUUUAACGAUGGUUAUGAGGUUCCGUUUCCCUACCUGUCUUCUGGAGAAGGUCCACAGUCCCACAAAUAUGUGAACAGCCAGGUGGCAGCAGCUGCUAAAGAUGCUGCAGCUGGUCCACAGCUUAUGGUUUAUGAGAAUGAUGACGAGAUAGAAUCUGUAGCGAAAGAUCCACAGUCCCACAAAUAUGAGAACAGGCAGGUGGCAGCAGCUGCUAAAGAUGCUGCAGCUGGUUCGCACCUUAUGGUUUAUGAGAAUGAUGAUGAGGUAGAACCUGCAAAGGAAACUACAUGUAUGUAA